AAAUGUGGAUUUUUAUAUUUGUUCCAUUUACCUUUUCAAAAAUAUUAAAAGUAUUUUAUUAUUUAUUACUUGUUUAAAGACAAUUAAAAUAACACUGCGAAUCAUAUGUUGUAUGGUUAGUGGUUUUAUGAAACUUCUAGUCGUUUCAUGAAAUGCUUCUUUUACAUAUCGACCACGACAUAAGAUAUUUGUGGGUAUUACUCCGUGUUUAGAAAUCAACCUUUAUUGAAGAUAAUAACCAAAAUUCUUAGAAUUUUUCUCUCAAUUUCGUAGUCAUUGGUGCACUCGUAGUAAUACCCACAAAUGCCUUAUUGUUAUUCCAUUGAGCUCAAUUCAAAAUUGGUGUUUUUCUCAUUUACAGAAAAUUUUAUUGAUUUUGAAUCUCUCCUUUCUCUUACUGAGAUGGAAAUAGAAAAAUUGGUCCCGCAGUUGGGUCUUCGCAAAAAGAUUUUGAGUGGUUUGAAAACUCUCCAUAGGAGUGUGAAGGAAAUUGAAUCUGGAGAACUCUCGGACUUUUCAGUGGAGAAUAUUGAAGAAGAAGUGCCACUGAAAAAAUUGAACACAAAAGAACGAAGUGCUGAAAAAGAUCUACCAAAACGUAAAAAAUUUAGAAAAGCAGAAACCGCAUUGAAUUACAGUGAAAUUCAAAACACCGCUCGCAAAUACUUGGAUGGCAAUAUUAUUGGGCGGAAAAUCUUGGCUUUCUAUAAAAAAGGAUUAUUUGAUAGUUCUAUUCGUUCUCAAUUAGCUGAAUGUAUAAUUGUUUCAGAACUGAACGUUGAUUUAGACCCAAAAAAAGUAAUAUCGCCCCAAAGGUUCCUUGAGCUGAGGAACGAAAUAGUUGAGGUUUUCCCGACGGAAACGGCAGCAACGUACUACGUACCAACUCAGCCGAAAACUAAUUUGGAAGGCGCGAAGCAGCCCAGGGGUAAAUUAUAUGAUAAAUAUACCUGCAUAAUAAAAGAUUUGCGUGCUUCAGGAUUCCGAACAGCCAACAACUGUUCAUGACGAUGGAGUAAAGAGAGAUGAACAGGGUAAAGUGAAGGAAGACCUGGAGUGGUUAAGACGAUGCCUCGAACCCGAGGUUGAGGCUACUGAGCGGUGGAGUAGGACUUCCGAUUAUCGCCUCCAUUCCUUAAGAGUUACUCCUACUAGAAAAAAGGGGAUUCGUCGUCAAAUUAAUUCAAUUACAAUUUAUUUCAA